AUGGCAGCCAAACGCCCCAAUUUCCUCGUCAUUGUCGCCGACGACCUGGGAUUCUCGGAUGUGGGCUGCUUUGGUGGUGAAAUCCGCACUCCAAACAUCGACCAGAUCGCUAAGGAGGGUCUCCGAUUCACUGACUUCCAUGCCGCAGCAGCAUGCUCUCCCACCCGCGCCAUGAUCAUGACCGGCACAGACCAUCAUAUCGCCGGGCUAGGAAACCUCAUUGAAUGGACCAAUAUCUCCGGACAAAACGGCCCCAAAGGAUCCGCCAUGAGCACCGCACCCCAACGCGGCAUGCCAGGAUAUGAGGGGUUCCUCAACGAGCGGGUUGUUGCAUUGCCUGAGGUUCUUCGUGAUGGAGGUUAUCACACAAUCAUGUCGGGGAAAUGGCAUCUGGGCCUGACGCCCGAACGUUCCCCACACAAGCGCGGCUUCGAGCGCUCCUUCGCCCACCUCCCCGCCUGCUCGAACCACUACGCCUAUGAACCUGAGCUCAAGGACCAAGAUCAGAUCCCUACUUUCAUCGAGGCGAGCUAUAUUGCAUUGCACAUGGAGGACGGAGAGUACGUGCGCCACCUUCCGGAAGGCUGGUACUCGUCCGAUGGGUACGGUGAUAAGAUGGUUGACUACAUCAAGGAGUGGAAAGAAAGCGGUGGUCAUGCUGGACCGGAUGGUAAAGGUGAUCGUCCGUUCUUUGGAUAUCUUCCUUUCACAGCGCCACACUGGCCGCUGCAGGCGCCUCGCGAGUAUAUCGACCACUACCGUGGUGUGUACGACGAAGGCCCGGAUGUGCUUCGUCAAAAACGAUUGCAGCGCCUGAAAGAGUUGGGGAUGGUACGUGAUGAUGUAGAAGCGCACCCUGUCCAGGCGGAAGAGGUGAAAUCCUGGGAAGAGUUCACCGAUGAUGAGAAGAAGAAGUCUUCUGUCGCGAUGGAAGUCUUCGCUGGCAUGGUCGAGUGCAUUGACUCGAACGUCGGUAAAGUCGUCGAGUACCUGCGAUCUAUCGAUGAGCUAGACAACACAUUUGUAUGCUUCAUGUCUGACAACGGCGCUGAGGGUGCUGCAUACGAGGCCUAUCCGAUGGUGCAGAACGGCGUUAUGCCCCAUCUCCAAAAGUACUACGACAACAGCCUUGAUAAUCUCGGCAAUGGCAACUCGUUCAUCUGGUAUGGUCCACGCUGGGCGCAGGCUGCUACCGCCCCCUCGCGUCUAUACAAAGCGUAUACCACGGAAGGGGGCGUUCGCGUUCCAUUCACUUGCAGGUUCCCCAAGAACCUGGCCGUCAAUCCAGCGAACGUGACAAACGGAAUCACGGAUCAAUUUGCUACGGUCAUGGAUCUAGCCCCUUCCAUUUUGGACAUGGCGGGGCUCAAGCAUCCUGCUCCCACAUACCAGGGCCGUGAAGUGGUGACCAUGCGUGGACGCAGUUUCCAACCCUGGGCCGUUGGUGAGGCUGAGCGUAUCCACCCAGUAGACUUCAUUCAGGGAUGGGAGACGUGCGGACGUGCAGCACUGCGUUGUGCAGACUGGAAGAUCGUCUUUAUACCCAAGCCCAAGGGCCCAGAGAAGUGGCAGUUGUACAACCUGGUUCAAGACCCCGGUGAGAUUCACGAUCUCGCAGAUUCCGAGCCGGCGAAGCUGAAGCAGCUGCUCAAGCUGUGGGAUCAGUAUGUUCUCGAGACGGGUGUGAUUCCACUCUGCCCUGACCUCGGGGAGUUCCUGGAGGCGACCGAGGCACAGAUGCCAGAGAAUGCAUGGAUGGAGUUUGAUUACUGGAAAGAGGGGGCGAGGGAUACACCAGAGAAGUUUUCACGCCAGCCUCCACGAUUCAAAAGAACCGAGAGGCCUUUUUAG